UCAACUUUACUCAGAAGUAAGGGCAAGGGACAGGGCAAGGAGGGAUCGUUGAGGAGGAAUAUUGCGUCACAAGUUGUGGUUGAACAGAUUGAGGGUUCUAAAUCAACUGCGAUGGAAGGCGAAACUAGCGCAAGCAACGGUUCUGUCUUUGAUAAAAACAAUGAAAUAGAAGCUGGUCGUUCAUCAUCUUCCUCUUCUACAUCAGCCGCCGAUAAACGAGCGGAAAGAAUGAAGAGAUUAAGAGAGCUUCAUCUAAGAAGGAAUGAAGCGCGUAAAUUAAAUCACCAAGAAGUGGCGGAAGAGGAUAGGAGAAAGAAGCUACCUAAAAACUGGGAAGCUGUGCAGCGAAGAGUAGAGUGGGAAAACAAAGAAGAGGAGGCUAAAAAGGAAGCUGAAUGUAGGGGAGAAGAUUAUGACAGAGUAAAGUUGCUUGAGAUAUCUGCUGAGGAUGCUGAAAAGUUUGAGAGAAAGAGAAAAAAGAAGAACCCUGAUCAAGGUUUUUCAGACUUUGCUGCAGCUCAAUACAGACAGUAUCAACGCCUCACCAAGCAGAUGAAACCUUCUCAUGAAGAUUACAAGAAGGAGAUUGAGCAGAAAGGGGAAGCUAUGUUUCCCACUGUAGAUGAUGUCAGCUAUGGAGGGCAAGGAAAAGUUCCAAAGGCUGCAGUAGACAGAAUGGUUGCUGAUCUAGAAAAACAGAUUGACAAACGAGAGAAGUACAGCCGAAGAAGAGCUCACCUUGAUGAAGAAGACAUAGAUUACAUUAAUGAACGCAACAUGAAAUUCAACAAGAAACUGGCAAGUUUCUAUGAUCCAUUCACUGCUGAAAUCAAACAGAACUUGGAAAGAGGCACAGCAAUUUAAUUCAUUACUAAAAGCAUUACAGUGGACAUGGAAAUUAGGCAAGGGUCAAACAUUCCUUUCUUUUCAGAGUAUUUUUAAAAGGUGUUUGGGUCAGCUCCACCCACAGAAGGUUAUGACAAAGUUGUAGUGCAUUUAUUUUUGAGGUCAAUCACGUCACAGGCAGCAUAAGAGAAAACCACAAUUAAAAAAAAUCGCUUAAAUCAAGUUAAAUCAGUAAAAUAAUGACACCAGCACCAAACAACACACGCAUGGAAUAAGGCAAGCCAUUUUUAUUUAAUAUUUUCACUUUUAACUAUCUCCAUGAAUAUCUUGUAGAAAAUCCCAUACAAAUCCUUAUAAAUUGAUAUGCAAAUUGUGUUCCUUGUGUGGUUCCUUGGGCCACCUGUGGUCAAUGUACUUCAGUUUUGUGUCACCAUAAUAUUAAAUAAAAAUGGCUAACCUUAUUCCAUACGUGUGUUGUUUGCCCCUAGUGUCAUUAUUUUACCGAUUUAACUUGAUUUAAGCGAUUUUUUUAAAUCCCGGUUUUCUCUAAAAAUCCUUCUAAAUUGACAUGCAAAUUGUGUUCCUUGUGUGGUUCCUAAAUUGAGCUUGGGCUGCCUGUGGUGGUGUUACAUGAUUUAAUUCAUUGGUUAUUAGUUACCUUUAAGGUAGAUGUGAUUUUUAUCAAACUCCCUUGAUACUGUGGUGUUUAAGUUUGAAUAUGUAGACAAAAACUAAUUCAGGAUUGCACCUCCAUAUCCUUGGGUACUUCCUGCCAAAUACAUAACAAUUUCUUGUUUAAGUUCGCAUUUUAUUGCCUUGCAUUUCGAUAUAAUACCAUAGACAACAAAACCUGUGUCAAGUGAACAUUCAUGGACCAUGGUAUAAAGUUUCUUCUUAGUAUUCAGUAAAUUGCACGUGGUAGAUAAUUGCUACUGCAUAGAGUUGAUGAGAUAAAUGUUAUUUGAUGAAAGAGAUUGCUUGAAUGCAACAUUACCUUAAACUGUAAUCUAUUUAAAAAUAAAUCUUGAAUCUUGUUAAGAAAGGGUGUAACUUCAGAGUGCUUUAAUAGGUGUCCACUGAAAACAACUCUGUGUUUCAAUAAAUAACAGAUACUUACAGGAUUUGAGUUUUUGUCUGCUUGACGAUUAGUCUGAAGUGCAGGGUUUGCUGUAUUACCUUCUCAGUAAACUGGCAAGGACUUCAAUCUACAGUCAACUCAAAUCUAUCUUGUAGAGAAAUAUAUGUGUAACUUACACCUUUGAAACCUUUGUGGUCAGAGGUGAAAUGAGAUAUUUAAUUUAAUUUGCCUCUAAUAAGCUGAUCUGUUAAACCAUAGAUAAUGAUGAAUGGAUUCAAAGUGAAAUGUUAGACCUUGAUGACAGUGAAACUGGUGGUUUUCCCUGUCCACCUUAAAAGUAUAUGGCAGCAAGUGUCUACAUUAGCUCCUCAAUGAAGUUGAAUAUCUUUAAUAUAUCACUUGGUUUUCAUGAUAAGAAAGGCAUUAAUUUGUGCAUAAAUUACAUCGCUGACUGAGAUAUGAACUGGUGGAUGCUUACCUAUGCAAUUAUGCAAUUAAACUAGUGAUCUGUGAACUUAUCAAAUCAUGACUUACUUUGGCAUGUAAAAAAAAACAAUUGAGAGUUGAAUUAGAUCUGUUGACACCUAAAGAAGCAACAACACACAUCCUACCAGUGCAUGGCAAUCACCAAUUAUUUAAGAUGUGUGCGUGCCAUCUGCCGAGUCGGGUUUUGCUGGGUACAGCCAAGUAGCCAACUUCCAGCUGACUUGUAAGUGUGGGUAAACAUGAGAUAAACAACAAAAAUAUGAAACUUACAUGACGAUAAUACCCAGAACUAAUAUUGUAGUAGGUUUGAAGUUAAUCAGGGGUGCUGUCAUUCCCCAUUGUAAAUAUCAGCAAAUAAAAAAAAUCAAGGAGCCAA